UGAUGAAGUAAAGUUUAAAAUAUUGCUCAAAAACUGUAAUAAUAGUAAUAGCUGCACACUCAGAUGCAAAGUUCACUCAGUGGGAGAGGCCAAAUAGUAUUGUUGAAUAAGGGCACGAAACAAGAAAUCCAAUUGUAUUACAAAUAUUAUUAAGAAUUAAUAAUGAUUUAUUUUGAAACAAUUAAAGGAGCAAUCCUCACAUUUUGAAUUUUUGACAAGGCGCUUGAUUUUCUGUGGGAAAUCUUCAUAGCUUACACAACCAAAAAUAAAUUGUGUCUAAUUUUUGCUGUACUAAUGAGCAUUGAAUCCCUUUACAGGCAUUUUUCUUGCCAGCAGAUGGCAGAUAAACACUGCAGCUGCUCCAUUCCCCACCCUCAUCUUUUAGCAGCGCGAUUGAAAUGUCGUUUGAUUGCACUGAUUUAUCAGAGCCAUGACGUGACACCAACAGUGGGAUGUGUGUUUUUCCUCCCGCAGCUGUUGUAUAAAGCGCUGGUAAAAUAAAAUAUAACUCAACAGCUUCAACGAAAUCUGGAUUUCCCAACCGUUUGAAGAUUUGAAGAAGAGCAUCAUUGAAGAUCAGAAGAUUUCUGCGUCAUUCGUCUAUGUUGCUCAGAAAAAGUUACAUGUAGUGAAGAACCUAGUUACUGUAGAACCACUGAUUCACUGCUAGACUUCAUUGCUUAUCCAAGAAAUUAGGACUGAAUAUAAUCUUCAAUAAACAUGAAUUCAAUUGGAAUUCUAACAGCACUGCUCUUCAAUUUGUUGUAUGGAAUUUUUGCAGGUCCUCUACCUGAAAGUGACUGUGUACUUGCACCAAUAAGUGAAUCUCAUCCAGUCAAAGCUUUGCUGGAGAGCUUUACUGUGUCAUCUGGUUGUGCUAGUGGAGGAACAAGAGGACAUCCUCAAGAAGUGCACAUCAUCAAUGUAAAAAGCACUAGUGCAGACCCUAACCACCAUGACAAAAUAAGAAGUACUGGAGUAGAUGCCAGCCAUCAUGAAGAGGUUACCCUGAAUUUGCGACCUAUUUCAUCUGUAGAUGUCCAUCAAAAGCCUUUGGUAUUUGUCCUUAACUCCCCCAGAACAGUGACCUGGGUGAUCAAGGCAGAGAGGCUGGCACCAGGAGUAAAGCGACUUUUCCAUGUAUCAAAAAAUUCAAGUAUUCGCUUUCCAACAAGAAACUUUACUAUGUCAACUCCAUUGAAGGAGGAAGUUCUGCCCCAAGGCAGCAAACAUCUGCUACAAUGGACCUUGAAAAAAUAUGGAUCAGUGACCUCAUUCACUGAACUAAACAAGGCUAAUAACAUCUACAUCAAAGUGGGUGAAGAUCACUUGUUGCCACCAACAUGCAUCAUAGAGAAGAACUUUUUGUCACAGAAUUAUCUUGCAGCAUAUCUUCAGACGCAAUUGGCAGAAGGUUGUGUGCUAUCCAAUCCAGGAGAAGAAAAGGAAAUUCAUAUAGUUCAACUUGAAUCUUCCACCUCUAGUCCUUAUAGCAGGGUUUUCAAGAUGGAUAUAAUUGUUGACAUACGACCAUUGGAAGCAGCCUCCAGUCUUCACAAAAAUAUUUUGCUUGUCCUCAAAUGUGAGAAGGCCGUCAAUUGGGUAAUCAACUCACGUGACAUUUAUGGAAAGCUGGAAGUAGUAGCCUCUGACAGCAUCAACAUCAAAAUCAAUCGGGAGAUGGAAGGCUUGAUGACUGUGAAGAAAGAAGUAUUGCGAAAUCUGAAGUCCAACUACAUUGAUCUUAUAAGCUGGGCACAAGAACGUAGUCACAGUCGUAUCACUUCCUAUACAAAAGUUGGUGUUGCAAACCAAAUUCAUUUAAGACUUCAAGAAUCUGUUCAACAAGAUGAGGCAAAGUCAUUUUUUCCUCCAGAGUUUGAAAUUCUCAGAGAGCCUCUUCAAUUUCCUGGACAAAUGUUUCCUGAACAAAAGUUACCUCAAAUUUCAGACUCAUUUCGAUUUCGAUUUCCCUUUGGAGAAGAUUAUGACAAGGGAGACACAAUCCAUGAAAUGCCACAAAGGCCCUGGGACGGACCUCUUGAAAAAUUGAUGAAGAAAGGACUAGCUGAACCAGAGGAGGUUCAGGCCAUCGAUAACGUGGUACUGUCUCUGCGAUGUGAGGAUCAUAGAAUGAUAGUCGCAGUUGAAAAAGACAGUUUGCAGAUGGAUACUUCUACAGUGACACAGGUUUCUCUCUUGGAUCCUAAAUGCAAAGCAAAGGAAAACACUACCCAUUACAUUUUGGAAUCCUCACUCACAAGCUGUGACACUAGCAAGCAUACAUUCACAGAUGGUUCCACUAUUUACCUGAAUUCAAUUGUUGUACAACUGGACUACCCUGCUGAGGGAAGUGGCUGGUCUACAGAUUACGAAGAUGGAGAAUCAGGAGAUAAUGGCAUGCUUGAAGAUGGAAACAGACCCCAAACUGUUCUGUUCAACUGCACGUACGACAACCCUAACAAAAGGCCUAAAAUCCAUUUGCAAGCUGCUUUCCCUAAUUUGCCUCAACGCAGCAAUGCGACUUUGAGCAUGGAUCUAUAUACCACAGAUUUGUUUCGCACAGCCUCACAAGGAGUACACACUGUGUCAGAAAACCGACCAUUAUUUGUUGAGGUUUCCAUAACAAAGUCUGAUCCAGAAAUCAGUUUUGUUAUCCAGUCUUGCUCAAUUUCUCCAACAUCAGACCCUGAUGCUGAUUCCAGUUACAUCAUUAUCGAAAACAUUUGUCCAAAGGAAGAUUCUGUGAAAUUCUACAGCACUCGGAAGAUGGAUUUCCCAGUAGCUCAAGAAGAGAUGGAAAACAAACGGUUCAGCUUUGUCUUUAAACCAAUCUACAGCAUGCCUUUAGUUUUUCUACACUGCGAAAUUACUUUGUGCAGCAAGAAAGAAGCUGAUGGCGCAGGAAAUUCCAUCCUUCCUAAGUGCAUUCCUCCUGAUGAAGCUUGUAUCAAUGUGAAUUUGAAAACAAUUAUGGCUAUGAUGAAAAACAAACAGUCUUUUACCAAGCCACUGGCUGUUAUUCCUGGGAAGGUGAUCACACAAGAACCACGUAUGAAUCCAGGGAAGCCACAGCCAUAUAUCAUUUAUGGCCUGGAUACUCCAACAGUUGUGGGAAUUGCUUUUGCAGCAUUUGUGAUUGGUGCCUUAUUGACAGGAGCUUUGUGGUACAUUUACUCCCACACAGGUGAAGCAGUGGGGAGGCAGUCAGUCCCCACAUCUCCCCCAGCAUCAGAAAACAGCAGCACCGCACACAGCAUUGGGAGCACACAAAGCACUCCCUGUUCCAGCAGCAGUACUGCUUAACCCUGAGGGAAAUAACUCUGAGGAAGUGGAAUAUAAGGGCAAGGUUCAACAUGCUUAAUUGUUAAUAUUUGUGUUCUGCGGAUAAAAAGAAGAUUUUCGUUUGCCCUUGAGACCUGGGACAUGCUUUUAAAGUAAAAAUCACCUAAGUUGCUUUAUACUUUAGACAAACCAAAGUUUCUCAAGCACACAACAGCAUAUGUGACAAAACUACUAAUUACCCUGAGCUAGGAACUUGCUAACCAUUUAUGAGUUCCUUAUGUGAAAUUUGUACCAGAUAUUUUUCUUUGCUGCUUUAUUGUUACAAUACAGCUAUUUUUCCCACUUUUCUGAAAUGUAUGUACAUAGGGGAAACUUGCUGUAUACCAUGGGAAACCGCUUGAAGUUUCAACUUCAAAAACAAACUGAUCAGAGAGCAGAUCUAUAUAAAAAGUUUAUUUUAUGGAUUCCAGAAAAACAAGCAUCAGUUAGGGUCCCCUUUCAUAUUAAUUUUCAUAUCUCAUUACAAGAUUUGUAAUACUAUAAAUUUAUUCUACCACAUUUUCAAGGAAAAUGUUAUUACAAUUGAAAAUGUAGGCCCAUUUUUUUGCCAAUGGCUUGGACAGGUGUUUUUCAAAAAUACGACACGUUGACUUUUGGAAAUAUUUGGCAGCACUUAUUAAUGUUUUUCUAUCAAAAAAACAAGGCUUUAAAUCAGCCUAAGGAAUACUUUUUCAGCUUUAAUGUAUGUAUUUUUUAAAGCAGACUGUCUCAGUCACCAAAUAUCCUGAAUGUUCUACUAUUGUGCUUUUCUGCAAACUGUGUUCUUCACGGUAUUGCAUUCUGCAUGGUAUACAGCUGAAUGUAUUUUACAUCAAAAUUAAUAACCUAUUUCUUGUAUAUAAACAUCUAUAGAACUCUCCAGAGAACAGUAGAGUAUUUUAGUAACAUAGCUAUAUUUUCACUGUAUAUUGAACUGUUGUGUAAGAAUCACCAAUGUUAAAGCUAUUUACUUAAAUGAAAUUCAUUUCUAACAAAUGUAUGAAUUUUGCUAACUGUGAAUUUUUUUAAAAAGAAAUUUUAUAAUGUAUUUUUCUAUCUUGCUACCAGUUCUUACAAAUUCCCCAGGAAAUACUAUUUGGUUGUUUGAUGUUGAUUUGAUUAACCAAAAUAAUAGUUAUUAAAAGAAAAAUCUAGAAGAGGCACUUAUACAUUAUGAUUUAGGAAAAGGGAGAUAUUUUUAAUUUUAUUUUUGACUACGAGGGACAACCAUAUUGUACCAAAUAAAUAUAUAUAAACUGCUGCAACACAAAUAACUGAAUGUAAAGUUCCAGUUUAUAGAUAGAUAUGGUUCCAAAGAAUUUAAAAACAAUGUGACAUUUUGAGCAAAUAUCAAUCGCCUGUGAUGCAAAAACACCAAAAAAAUACAUGUGGCAAGAUGAGACGCUUAAUUAAACAGAGGCAGAAACUCCUGUUGACUAAUUCUUACUUCCUUACUCAGUACAUUUCUCAGCAAUGUGUAUAUUGAAUGGUUCCAAUGAGCAAUUUAAUGCCCUAUUUUAAUUUCACCCACAAAAUAUACAGUCAAUUCACUGUAAAGUGAAGCGCUUUGAUGCGUCUCGAAGACGUGAUAAGGUGCUAUAUCAAAUGCAAGGAUUAUUAUUCAUUUCCCCUUCGCUAAUUGACUCCCUUUAUUAAAUCUACAUUAGGCACUAUUCUAUUUAAUAUGUUGUAGAUUAACAAUAAUUUUUUUUACAUUAUUCUCUCUUUUCUCCAAGAAAUUAAAACCUUUCAAAUGAAGUAUCAUCUGCCAUGUCCUGCUGACUACUUUUCUAAGCUGCAGAUAUCUUUGUUUUGUUGAGUUAAUAUGGGAUGCUUCAUGUAAGACAGGCGCUUUAAGGGCAAGUUUCAGGAUCAGAUCUUCUUUAUUCAGUGGCUGUGAAAAGAUCUAGAAAUAUUUCCAUUUUCAUAACAUAAUUUGGCAAGUACCUGUAAACAUGAACCAUCUAAUAUUAACCCAACAAAAUAUUGUGUAUUUAAAAGGGAGGCCAACUGCUUUAAAAAUGGAUUUUUUUCUGGUGCCUUCUUAAAAGUGUAGAUUUGUAUACUUUCAUGUUGCAUGUACAAAAUUUGGUGUAUUAGAAUUUUUGAAAAAAUAUAUAUAAAAAUAUAUAUAUACACAAAAAUACAUCACCCAAACAGCAUGCUAAUGUAUUAACAAAAUCAUAGAAUGUAAUGACCUACAACAUCUUUUUGUCUUGUGUACUUUCUCACUUUGACAUUGACUCAAGGAUUCUAGUCAUUAAAACCACUGCGUUGGUAAGAAUGUUUGCUGAACCAAUUUGAUUACUUUAAACAUAUGGUAGGUUCACUCUGGUGAUGUAUUGGGGACAUUGGCAGCUCUGUAUUUUUAAUUGCAGGGGUUACAUACCUUCUGGGGCUUUUGUUGUUUAUAUAAAAUAUUACUGUUUCAGAAACAUAAUUAAGAUUGUAAAUGUUCUGUCCUUAAUACUUUGUUCAGCUAUAUCUUUCAAAUAUAUCUACCUCACUGUUUUAAUAAAGAAACAAAGCCUGUGUUGCUGGUUGUACUGUUUGACUUUUGCAAGUAAAAGCAGGUGGUAAUCUGUGCCUAUUUAAUAGGUCUAUAUUCCAUUCAUGUCAUGUUUUAUUUUUAUUUUUCAGAUACAGUUAUAAAGAAAUUUGUUGUAUAAAAAUAUUUGAUCAUGUGUUAUGCUAUGUAACUGUAAAAUAAAGGUAUAUAUGCCAAUUAUCUUA